CAUCAAUAUGCGACGCUACUUGUAACGUAGCUAAAGAGGUUCGGUUUCUGUUGUUUGUUAUCAUCUGUAGCUCAGAGAUGGACAAGAAAUUGGACACGGACAGCCUCGAAAUUCGCGUUCAGGCGUUGGAGAACCGACUGUACGGGGAGAGAAGAACAAAAAGUGGAAAACCCGUCAAGUGUGCAGAAGCUUUAGUCAGAAUUCAAGGAGGUUUGAUCAACACGGCCAACAAGAGAGAGAGAGUAAAGAUCCUCCACAAGAAGAUUGAGGACCUGAUGAAGUAUCUGGACCCCCAGUUCACUGACCACAUCUCUCUCCCUGAUGCCAUGAAACUAGAGUUCAUCCUUGCAGAGGAGGACUCUUUGCUCUCUGAAGCUGCUUUGUUGGAGCAAGUUAACAAUUUACAGCCACUGUUGGACAGCACCCACAUUAGAGAUGUACCUGAGCAUGCAACCAAGCUGCAGCGUCUUUCACAGAUUCACAUCAAGCAACAGGACCAAACUGAAGCUCAGUCACAGGAAGUCAAGAAGCUUUUUGAGGAAUACAACAAAAUGAUGUUCCUGCUCUCCAAGCAGUUCACCCAAUGGGAUGAGACCCUGAGGAAAAUGGAGGAGGCCAAAGGAAUCCGGCUUGUAGAGUAGUUGCUCUAAGAAAAGCUGGAAAGAGGACGACGAUGAAGAAGAACACUGCACUACGAUUGGAGUUCCCGAAUAGACGUGUUACAUUAUGUAGCUCAUGCUACCCCAGUAAGUCAGAGGAAAACAUAAAAACAUUUCAACACAUUUUCUUGUUUACUUUUCUUUUAUCCCACUGAAAUAUUGCUGUUGCCUAAACACUGUCAGUGACUUUAAAUGCAAAGUUACAGAGUGAAAUAAUAAAACAACUGAACUGAGGCUUGUGGAUCUUUAUGCAUUGUGAAGAAGAGCAUGCUCCUUUUAUAUUACCUGCGACAACAAUAAAUUUAAGAGGCUACUCUUAUUUAUUGACAGUAGUUCUUUUUAGCUUUUCGUUUUAACGUCAACUUUGUUCCCUCCUUCCAAAUUACUUGUAUUUUGAUUUUUCUUCUAUAGAAGCACAUAAACACUCCCUCAGUCACAUCUGUAGGGUUUUAAUUUUUCCUCGUGAUGGCUAAAAAAAGUAAAAUGUUAAAUAUUGUUUCUAAAAUGUUUUCUUCUGUGUAUAAAAUGAGAUAAAGCUUGAAAAUGAUAAUUAAAGUAGCUAUAAAUAUUA